GUUUAUAAAAUCUCGUAUUGCCGCUGAUCUGCCGGCUUCCUCACCCAUAUCACACCGCCCAACAUCUUUGCACGUGGUACUUGGACGACGUCUAGCUCUCUUAGCAAUGUCUUCCGCUUCUACAGUGAAAACACGUUUCCUCAUUAUAUCAGACACACAUAGCUCGCAGCCGUUCCUCGAGACGCCUACCAAUGGCUCGGCUACUCACCACAUUCCCUUCAGGCAGCCAUUGCCCAAGGCUGACGUGCUCCUCCACUGCGGCGACCUGACGACGAUCGGGACGCUGGAUGAGUACCAGAGAACACUAGACAUGCUGAGAGAUUGCGACGCAGAGCUCAAACUAGUAAUUGCAGGUAACCACGACAUCAGUCUCGACGAGGAGUACUACGGCCGCAGGGGCAAAUGGAUGCAUCGGCGGGGAGAGUACGACGAGAACAUGCCCGCCUUAGCCAAAGCCAUGUGGACAGGAGAUAGAGCCCAGAGGGCUGGUGUGACCUAUCUCGAAGAAGGGAUGAGGGAGUUCACACUAGCCUCGGGGGCCAGACUUCGGGUCUAUUCAUCGCCAUAUCAACCAGAGUUCUGCGAUUGGGCAUUCCCUUACAACCGGCAUGAAGAUCGAUUUAACUCUGCCAAGCAUGUGCACCCCGAUGCCACUCUUAUUGCGCAAACCCCUGUCCCCGACUUCCCAAGUGUGGAUGUUCUCAUGACACAUGGUCCACCGAUGGGCAUUCUCGACAGGACAUCACGCAACAAGCCCGUAGGGUGUGAGCACCUACUGCGUGCCGCCCGCCGCUGCAAACCUCGACUGCACUGCUUCGGUCAUAUUCACGAAGCUUGGGGUGCAGAAAAGAUUACCUGGAAUCCAAAUGCCGAUUUGGACGACGGUUGGAAGAAGCACGUCAUCGAUACUGAAGUUGUGCCAGUCGAUGAGGCCGAAAUGGUUGAGAGGAAGGCCGCUUUCAUCGAUGCCAGUAGCUCAAGUCGACUUAUCGAGUUCGGUAAAGAGACCUUGAUGGUCAACGCUAGCAUCAUGAACCUACGGUACAAACCAAUGCAAGCGCCAUGGUUGGUAGAUUUGGAUCUGGAGCGCACAGCCGAUGGGUUAUAGUGACGACGGUUACCCGACCAUGUCUCAUUGUCGAAAGGAGGCCAGCUGGGUCCAAGAGCAACUGACAAUCCACGAAUCCGUGAAUCUACUCCAGGAUUUCCUUUAUUCUAGACAGACUCAUCCAGGGCUGGUGCACACUUGUCUAAUACCGUUUGAGGUCCCCUAGUACGUUGCCAAGAGUAAUGACACAUCUCGUCGGAUGAACCAUAGUUUCGCCCAUGAUGGACCAUUGGUACGUUUCAUUGGCAAUAAUGCGAACACCUUUUCUUAGACCACAGUCCCGCUUCCACAGUGCGCAAAAUACUAUAAAUCACACUCAAUUCGCCCCUGUCGUUCCUGUCGUUCCUGUCGUCUACAAACGAACCUGCCUAC